CCUUGCCUGCCUGAGCAUUAUGAUCAGCAGGCAGCCAAAGAUCAGCCAUAGAGCAGCAGUUUCCUCCUCAGCAGGUUUGUGUAUCACCCGGAGCAUCUUUUCUGGAAAAAUACCACAGAAACAGACAGCCUCUGAGUUCACCUGCACGAUUGUUGUUAAUCCGGUCGACGUAAAUCUCUUUGAAGACAAAGAGUAUAAAGAUGCCUUCAGCAAUGGUUAGCAACAAUGCUGUCCAGUCGGCCAUUCCAGAGGUUGGAAAUGGGAACAAGUGUGAGGCCAUCCAGCAAGUUCUUGGUGUGCUCGACAAGAAGGUUCGCAACAUGGAGAAAAAAAAGUCCAAGUUGGAUGACUAUCAAGCUAAGAAGAACAAAGGUGAAAGCCUGAAUCAGGAUCAGCUAGAGGCCUUGUCAAAAUACCAGGAAAUCCUCACCACAAUUGAGUUUGCUCGAGAGCUGCAGAAGAGCUUCCUGACGCUUGGCCAAGAGAUUCAGAAGACGUCGAAGAAAACCGCAAGACGCCAACAGCUGCAGCGAGAGGAAAUGGAGAAAUGGCGAAUGAAGACGGUUUUGGAGCUGCAGUUCAUAUUGGACCAGUUGGGAGAUGACAAUGUCAGGCAGGAUCUGAAGCGGCCCGAUGCUUCUGGCUCGCCCUUGCUCACCGAUGCCGACCUUGCAUCACUCGAUGAGCUCUACAAACUUGUCGGACCUGAUCGGAAUUGUGACGUCAGGUUGACUGAACAAUAUGAAGAGGCCUCACAGCACCUGUGGGAACUGCUCGAUGGCAGGGACAAGGCUGUGGCAGGGACGUCAUACAAGGCACUGAAGGACAUCCUGGACAAGUUGCUACAGAGCGGCUACUUUGAUAGACCAUCAAGUGGUCGAAAUGGAACAUGUGAGGAGGAGGAAGAGGAGAAGCAGGAAAAGCAAACGGUAGUGGCUGAUUCUAACGUGGGAGAGCAACCAUCUGAACCUGCACCAGUUCCUGAAAAUCCUCAGCCUGUGCAGUUGGAAACCACAGAGUUUGUAAAUAGACAAUUUAUCCCGGAAAACACGUACAGCAGUACCGACACCGAACAUGUGGAGGAGUGGUCAGUGGACAUGCAGAUGGUGAAUUCCCUCCAGCACCAGCCCGCUGCCCAGCUACCACCAGAACCCAGCGCAGCUGUGAAUCGUGUCAGUCCGUGUCCGUCGACUGACCCGGUGAUCAGAAAGCAGGUGGUGCAAGACCUCAUGGCCCAGAUGCAAGGGACAUACAACUUCAUGCAGGACUCAGUGUUGGACUUUGAUGGCCAAGCCCUGGACCCGGCCAUUGUGUCAGCCCAGCCAAUGAAGCCUGUACAGACUGUGGACCUCCAACAGUUAGCCUCUCACUCAGAGUCCAGGCUUCCUCCGAUGAACAUGGUGACAGGACCAAAGGAGCCCUCACAAGCUGCGAUGUCUCUGCCUUCUGAGCAGUCGCCUGCCUCUUGCUCCCUGUCCUCUGCCUUCCCACCUGCCUCCAAACCCUCCCACACCGGAGGCAUCAAUGUCAAUGCUGCACCCUUCCAGUCAGUGCAAGCGGUAUUUAAUAUGAGCGCACCUGCAACACCAGCCAGUGGCCAAACAGACCCUCAUAAACCGUCUCAGUUUCCCGGGGGCUACGGGCAGAGUUUUAGUGCUCAAUCAGAUCCUGCUGUGGACCAGCCUGACAUUCCACAGGAAACAUUGCAAUCUGUUGUUGCCGGGUUCCAGCCCCAAGCCCACGUCAUGCCUUCACCAGUGGUGCACGAAGACUCAUCGCCCAGUGCGGGCUUUGGACAAUCGAGCCAGUCCUUCUACAACAGCAGGGCAGUGCCCCGGGGCGGCUCGAGGAACAGCAGAGGUACCAUGAAUGGCUACCGAGGCUCUUCAAAUGGAUUUAGAGGGGGCUAUGAAGGUUACCGCCCUCCUUUUUCCAACCCUCCCAGCAGUGGUUAUGGUCAAAGCCAAUUCAACACGGGGCCCCGGGACUACUCGAGCAACAACUACCAGAGGGAGGGCUACCAACAAGGUUUCAAACGUGGAACUGCCCAGGGGCCCCGAGGACUGUCUUGAGGUAUUGCUCGAGGAUGGCGAUCCUACUGACCGGCUUAUCGCUCCACGUUGAGCAUUCAGGAUUUUUGAAUGUGCUCACCCAAACUCACUUUUGUAACGUUUCAUUUCUCAUUAAUAAUCUUUUAUUCGUUUCUGAGUCAGUCUGCUUUUGUCUGCCCAUUUUCUCGAAAUGUUUUAACACAAAAUGCAGAGUCUCCUAACUUCAUGUCAGAUUAUCCGCACAUACGUGCGAUAAUAAACUAGAUAUUCCGGUAAACUUGAAAGAUUUCAUUAAUUUAUUUUUUGUACAAAACAAUGCAAAAAAUAGCCUGCCACUGUCAAAAUGAUUCCCAAGAGAUUUUCCUCUGGCAUGUGCUCGUUGGUCACUUUUCCUUCACAUCUUGUAGACAUGACAAUGUAUUUUUUAAUCUCUCACCAUCACCUCUUUGUAUAUCAGUCAAGACUGAUUCAAUAAAGCUGUGUUCUAUUACAAG